GUUACAUCAAGGCUGGUUAUGGCCAAUUUAAAAGUUCCCACGAAGCAGGUCAAGUUCUACUUCGAUGUUCCUUGCAGAAGGAGGAAUGGCCUCAUUUUUACCAGCAUAGGCAAUCCAACGCCACCGCGUGCGUACGGUCUUAACGUGUUUUCCAUUCCACUUGCUCCAUAAUGGAUAGUUCGUCUGUCCUGAGCGACGAAGAUUACGAUGUCAUCUCCAACCCUGGUCAGCGCUCUUUGGAGUCCAGCAUUGCCGACUUGCAUCAUAUUCCAGCCUUGACUACUUAUGAGCUUCCCCCCUCUGAUGCAGCCAGGGAACGACUCAGUGCGGUGGCACUGAGUCCUGGGGAUAUACAAACAUAUGUGCAGAAUGCACUUAGUACUUCUGGUGCAAGAAAGUACCCACGGGACAACAUGACUUUAAGAGUGUAUGUUGAUGGCGUAUUCGAUGUAUUGACUGUUGGGCAUGUGCAUCAGCUCCGUCAAGCGAAACUAUCAUUCCCUUCCGUACAUCUUAUUGUCGGAGUGCUUUCGGAUGAGCAAUGUCGAGCUCACAACACCACACCUCAUUUCUCACAUCUCGAGCGUUGCGAGCUUAUACGGCACUGUCGCUGGGUAGACGAGGUACUAUAUGACGCCCCAUGGACAGUGAACGAUCGCUUUAUUAUCGACAAGCGCAUUGAUUAUCUUGCGUUGGAGGAGGGUUCCUCUGUUAACCCUGAAUUCGACAAGGAAAGACUCAAGGGAUACGACGCAGUGAAGAGACUAGGACGAGUACUACCCACCCGAAUAACUACUGGACUAACUGCUGCUCCGCUUUUGGUGUCUUAUAAUGCAUCGGAAGACAUUACACCAUUCCAAGAACUUGCCGAAAUGGCGUUAAAACAACCCAGUCACAGCACCUCUACGCACCUGCCUCCGACAACUUGUACUACCACGUCCGCCGACAGCAAGACUCGUGGCCUUGAGGCCCUAGAAGCCAUGUCGAACGAGCUAGCGGAGAGGUGAACUAGGAAGCAAGUAACUUUAUAUGACGGGCUUUUUAUACUUGUGUUGUGUUGCUACUUGCGCUAUUCAGCUGUUCUUGCUUUGUCGCAUUGGUUCUAUGUCAUGACACUUUCUGACCUUAGACUCGUGACCAGUCCUGAGCCUCUGAAACCUAUGAUCAUUCAAAAUCAGGCGGUACCACCAUCUGGGCCAAACUGAGCGUUCUUUCGUCUACACGUAUGCCCGGACACGAUUGUCAUUAACUAACGCACCAUAGUCAAGUAAGGUAGUCAU